AUGAGAAGUGGUCAAAUAUGGUUUGGUUUUGUGAUCCUUUUGAUGUUGGCCUCUUUUAGUCAAUGCAGGCAGCCGAGGCGUAUACUUCGACCAAGGCUUCAAGAUCAAGAAAGAUCAUCCACUGCACCAACGGGCGAUUCUCCAUUUACUAAACGCAUAAGAGACAGGAAAAAUAAUGUAGAAAAUCCUAAGCAUUCGCAGAUCCUUGCCAGACAGGUAUCCAGUCCAUCUCUGUUACCGACAGCUGAGUCCGAACCUCUUGCAGUAGAUCCAGAUGCGGAGGUGGAAGCCACGACUGAGACCUGGCCCGAGGCCGGCCCAGAGUGGUCAAUUGCUUUCGAGGAAUGGGGCGGAGCCUGGGAAUUUCAUGUUUACUUCUUUGCGUUAAUAUUUCUGGGUUAUGCUCUUUAUUCUGCAUUUUUUAUUGUGAUUGGACUGUACACAGGGCUAAAGCAAAAGUACCUUGGCUUCUGUUUAAACGCCAUGAUGUUUAUUCUGGGCUUUACUCGGAUGUUUGUGUUGUUUACAGAUCCAUAUCACCAAGGAGACCUAAUACACAACACGUUUGCGAUGCGUCUCUUGUGGUCGCUUGGUGGUCCGUGUCUUACCUCGGCCGAUUGUCUAGUCAUUCUUGCUCUGGUCGAAACUGCUAAAGUUUCCCUGGCUCCUCCAAAGAUGCAAAAAUUCGGUGUUAUUCUUAAAAUCAUCGUAAUGCACUUUGUUCUGGUGUUGACGACUGAAUUUGUCGUGGCGAGCUUUAUCGAAGCUAAAGCCAUGCUUCUUUUCUGCCAGAUAUUUUUCAUAGUGUGGGGCACAGUUCUUGGUGUUGGCUACUUUGUCGUUGGAUAUAAACUCGAUAAAAAGCUUUACGGUCACUUGGAAGUCAAAGAUAAAAGAGCAUUGCUUUACAUCCGAUUAAUAUACGCCUCAGGUGUCAAUAAUCUUAUCCUUUCUGUCAUGUUUAUCUACUCCAGCGCUGGAGUUUUUGGAAUUUAUUCCAAUGUGAAGUAUAUUGACGCUUGGUCUUGGUGGGCGGUUCAAACGUGUUAUCGCCUCGGUGAAGUGUUAUCCGGGAUACUGGUCUUCACAGUCAGUGCAAAUCGAAAGAGAAUCAAAAGGGGAGCUGAUCACACGUUGGAAGGUGAUGGUUUAGAAGACGAUUCAGCGCAGCCUGGUACAAAACCAUUCACGCCGAGAGAGAAGUAUAGAAUAUCCAGCGUUUUACAUGAUAUAGCUUCGAUGAGAUUUCUUACAAUGGCAGGAGAUCAGUGGACAACCAUGUUGGAAGAUUUACAAGAGACGAAACACGAAGUAGCGAUGUAUUACGCCCGCGAGCAAAUGGACGCGCAGACACACACACACACGCAUGCGCCUGACACGCAGAAAGAAGUUGGGCUACAGAGUAUAUCUGUGGAUUUGCACGAUGCAAAUCUCGAAGCAAACGAGUCCCUUGCACUCGCCUAA